GCCGAGGAUGAACAUGGCCUCUCAUUUGAACGUCUCAGAUGGGCCGCUCUACUGCCCGCUGCUUCAGCAGAUGAGGAACGACACGCUGAACAAAAGCACCUCAGCCAAUUUGAUGGUGGUCUGCAUCCACGGCCUGGUCUCCUGCUUUGGGAUUCUGGAAAACGCCCUGAUCAUCUGGGUGGUGGGAUUCCGCCUGCGCCAUCGCACCGUGGCGUCUGUCUGGGUUCUCAACCUGGCCCUGUCGGACUUCCUGGCCACCCUGACGCUCCCGCUCUUCACCGCCUACUUCUACUACUCCCAGAGCUGGACGUUGGGAAACCCUCUCUGCAAAGCUCAGGCGUCUAUGUACUUCUUCAACAUGUUUGUGUCGGCCUUCCUGCUGGCGGCCAUUUCCCUGGAUCGCCUGCUCCUGGUGGCCAAGCCGGUGUGGAGCCAGAACCACCGCUCGGUGGCGGGAGCGUGGAAGGUGUGCGCGUUGGGCUGGCUGUGGGCAGCGCUGAACACCAUGCCGUACUUCCUGUUUCGCUCCGUAACUGUGAGGAUGGAUGGAAGGAAGUUGUGCUAUCACAAUUUUGCCUUAUAUCUAUCCUCCAGUGCGACGAUGGAACGGGACUGCAAUGUGAGACAGGGUGUGACGGCCGUGUCCAAGUUUCUGCUGGCGUUCCUGAUCCCUCUGGCCGUAAUUGCCGGGAGCUACAUCACAAUAGACCUCAGCCUGAGAAACAGGAGGAAGAGGAGGAAACUGAGUACUAUCAAGCUAACGGAAACCCUGAUUAUGUCGAGAAGUGAUGGAGAAUCAGAAGCAAAAAAUCCCCCCAAGGCCACAAAAAUGAAUAAUUUCUGGACCAAGCCCUCAAAUUUUGCUGUCUCUUUUAAAUCCAAAGUCUCAUCCUUGUCUCCCGUGUCCCCUAGUGUGUCCCAUCAGAACCAGCUGUCCCAGAGUUUCAGAAAAAUGGUGACGUCUGUGAUAGCAGCAUUCACGGUGUGCUGGGCUCCUUAUCACAUCUUCUGCAUGAUAGAACUGACGUCCCACUACAACGAGGGGAACCGCAAACUGGUGGAGCGCUGGCUUCCUCUAGCCGCAACCAUCGCCUUCUUGAACCCCAUCCUGAACCCCAUCCUGUACGUCUUCAGCUGCCCACAUUUCUGCGUGAGGAUACGGCAGAGUGUGGGGGCCGUGUUCGACGGGCUGGUGGAGGAGGGAGUGGGGCUGAGCAUCGCUACGGGGAAGAACCUGAGAGCUGGCAUCAGGCGCAAGAGCAGCGGGGACGUGAGCGCCGGGAACCUGGGGUCACCCAAGGGUUUGUACUCGCAGAGCCAGAAUCCUGACGCCCAAACACACUUCCCAUCAACGCCUCUGCUCGCCAAAGGCCUUAAAGGCUUGACAAGACAAGAACUAGACAAUGAAGAGGAGCACAACUUGGACCAUAGUUGAUGCUCAUG